AUGACUGACGCUCUCGUUCAAAUGUUGCUGGAGUAUCUGAAUUCACUCAUCCGAAAGGAGGUUGGGUUGCUCUGGGGUAUUAACGACGAAAUGAAAAAACUUUCGAGCUUGCUCUCAACUAUUCAAGCUGUGCUUGAAGAUGCUGAGGACGUGCAACUAAAAGAAAAGGCAAUUCAGAAUUGGUUGCGGAAGCUUAAAGCAGCAGCUUAUAAGGUAAAUGACAUCUUGGAUGAUUGCGCAACGGAAGCUUCCUGGUUAGAGUCUAAACGCCAAAAUUCAAGGUUCAUCAGCAAGAUUCUUGAUCAUGGGUCGUUGUUGGGUUUAUCUGCUGAGGGCAUUGUUGGGUUGAAGUUGGAAAUUUAG